UUUGUGAAUUCUACAAUUCGAUAAAAUGAGUGGACGUGGAAAAGGAGGAAAGGGUCUCGGUAAAGGAGGCGCUAAGCGUCACCGCAAAGUUCUCCGUGAUAACAUCCAGGGAAUCACCAAGCCCGCCAUCCGCCGUCUGGCUCGCCGUGGCGGAGUGAAGCGUAUCUCUGGUCUGAUCUACGAGGAGACUCGCGGUGUGUUGAAGGUUUUCCUGGAGAACGUGAUCCGUGAUGCUGUCACCUACACCGAGCACGCAAAGAGGAAGACUGUGACCGCCAUGGACGUGGUUUAUGCUCUGAAGAGACAGGGAAGAACUCUGUACGGCUUCGGCGGUUAAACUCACUUCACUUUGACAUCAAACAAAACAACAACAACGGCUCUUUUAAGAGCCAACCACUUUGUCUCUGAGAGCACAUAGUCCUGUAAUUUACAGUGUUAAUAUAUUAAGAAUGAAUUCCC